GUCGACCAGCUCACUAGCUCAGGAACAUUAUGAAUCCAGUAGUGAUCUGCUGGAACCUCAAGCAAGCCAAUGAGGAGGAUAUACUAUUUGAGUUCAGUACUAAUUACCAUUUGAGUUCAUCUCUAACACCAUUUGAGUUCAGUACUAAUUACCACAUGAGAGUAAUUAGACUUCGUUGGUUUAAGGAAUUUUAUUUUGAAAGUCUGCAGACAUCCAACAGUCGGGUCCAGUGAUGAUCCAUACUCUCUAGAAGUUCACAUCGGCACAUAAAUCCCGCAACACCCCAAUACUCAAUAACCUACUAAUAAGAGAUUUCUGUAUGUUAGGAUUCGGACUUAAGUGAGAUUUCUCUCGUCUCGUCAUUUCUGCCGAUUGUCAUUAGCCACGUUGCUUUUGAUAAAUAUCUCUGCAAAAACUGGCCGGCACUAAAAGUAGGACCCGCGUCUCCAACACGACACCGUUUGGCUUAUCUUUCUUUCGUUCCCGGUUAAGCUUCUGAAAAAAUUGGAAGGACUAUGCUGCAAGUCUGCAGAAGACAUUCCAAGCUGUGGUUAGCUCUCUCACUCAGCCCAAUAUCCCAGUUCUCCUCUCUGGACCAAACCCGAAAACCCGAACCGAUUCGUCUGACCAUUACCAAGCAAGCCUUCACCGCCCAGUUGCAAUCAUGCUCCUCACACCCAAACCAGCUCAAGCAAAUCCACGCCCUCAUUCUCACCACCGGAAUCUCCAUCAAGAACAGCCUCCUCACCCAUCUCAUCACCACCUUCAUAAUCUUGGGCGACGUUUCCUAUGCACGUAAGGUGUUCGACGAAAUGCACAAGCCAAGAGUGUUUCUAUGGAACACCAUUAUCAAAGCGUACGUUAAGUACCAAGACUUUAUGGAGGCUGCGGCUGUGUACAGAAGAAUGAAGCGUCUGGGUGUUCGCCCUGACGACUUUACGUACACGUUUGUGGUCAAGGCGUGUGCUCAGCUGCCGUGGGCCGGGUGGGCUGUCGCGGCGCACGCGGUGAAAUAUGGGUUGGAGUUUGUUGUUGAAGUGAGGACUGAGUUGGUGAUAAUGUGUGUGAAAUAUGGGGAGUUGGGUUUGGCGGAUUUUUUGUUCGGAACUAUGGUCGAGAGAGAUUUAGUUGCUUGGAAUGCUUUUGUUGCUGCUUGUGUGCAGAGUGGACAUGCUGCAAAGGCUCUUCAUUUGUUUCGCCGGAUGCGUGUGGCUGGAGUGGAGCCUGAUGCUGUUACGGUUGUGAGUGCUUUUUCGGCUUGUGGGCAGUUAGGGUGUUUGGAGACUGGGGAAGAGGUUGAUGGGGUUAUGAGACAAUGUGGGAUUGUUUGCAAUGUAAUUGUUGACAAUGCGCGGCUUGAUAUGUAUGUCAAAUGCGGUAGCGUGGACAUGGCUGAGGCUUUGUUUGAGGAUAUGCAUCAGAGAAAUGUUAUUUCCUGGAGCACUAUGGUAUUAGGGUAUGCAAUAAAUGGGGAGAGCCGCAAGGCAUUGGAUAUGUUUUCGAGGAUGCAAAAGCGAGGAGUUGCACCCAACCAUGUCACGUAUCUAGGAGUUUUAUCCGCAUGCAGCCAUGCUGGGCUGGUGAAUGAAGGCAAAUCUCAUUUUAGGCGCAUGGUGCAAGCUGGUGACAAGAAUAUUCAACCGAAAAUAGAGCACUAUGCUUGCAUGGUUGAUCUCCUUGGUCGGUCAGGACAUCUUGAGGAGGCUUAUAACUUCAUAAGAAGUAUGCCAAUUGAACUGGAUACCGGGGUGUGGGGAGCUUUAUUGGGGGCGUGUGCAAUCCACCAAAACGUUGAACUGGGUCAGCAUGUAGCUGAUUUGCUUUUUGAAUUAGCUCCUGCUAAUGGUUCAUAUCAUGUCUUGAUGUCAAACAUGUAUGCGGCUGCUGGAAGAUGGGACUGUGUUGACAAGGUGAGGCUCAAAAUGAGAAAAGGAGGUGUUAAGAAAGUAGCUGCCUAUAGCUCAGUAGAGUUUAAUGGAAAAAUCCAUAUAUUUUAUGGUGGUAACAGAUUGCAUCCAGAAUCAUCAGAAAUAUAUGAAAAAUUGGAGGAUUUAUUAAGACAAGUGAAGAAUAUAGGUUACACUCCAAAUAUCACCUCUGUGUUUCAUGAUGUGGGCACAGAGGAAAAGGAAGCCACACUCAGUCAUCACAGUGAAAAGCUUGCCAUUGCAUUUAGUCUUCUAAAUCUACAGCCUGAAUGCCCCAUUAGAGUGGUGAAGAAUUUACGGAUAUGUGAUGACUGCCACAGUUUCUGUAAAUUUGUCUCCGAAGCGACCAAAAGGGUGAUUAUCAUGAGAGAUAAAAUCCGUUUUCAUCAUUUUAGAAAUGGUGAGUGUUCUUGCAACAACUUUUGGUGAUCACAAGGGACAAUGACAACUGGAAAUGAUAAAAUGUAGAGAGAUGUGUUUUGGUUCCAUUUCUCUUAAUCUUGAAGUGUGACUGCAGAAUCCCCACUGAGCUGAUAAUAAGUGUUGUGCCUAGUGGGAUCAACUGUCUGAGAUAUAUUGCAGAUCGUAUGCGAAAUUGCCGCAACAUUGAGAUAACUCUAAUUCCCCAUCAUGAUUAUUCACCAUCUGUUGUUCACUGUGAUACAAGGGGUAGCAAUGUCAUUGAAAAGAUAUCCAAACUCCUGUAAAAGGGGCAUCUACAAUACUAACCCAAGAGGCAGGGAUAAAUCUGACAAUGUGCCAUUCCUAAUCUAGAUUUUUAGUUCAAGUACGAUUUAUUUCAAAAAUAUAUCAGAUGUUCGUUAGACAAUAUAUCUUUGGCAUAUUUACUUCAGAGGUUGGUACAUAAAUUGCUGAAGAGAUUUGUACAGAUAUUGCAUAAUGUUACAGGAAAGUUUGACUAGAUUAAAGCUGUCAGAUGAACUUUUUCGUGCAAAUUAAGUUGAGGCAUUGUCUUUG